AUGUCGCACACACACAAAAUAUGGAUCGUACGCGUUGAUGUCGACUCCGCGCCACCGACAGUUUUUCAGUCCGAAAAAGUGGUAUUCGAGAACAUCCAGGACGUCGAUGCGGUGGACUUCAGAAGAGCCGUCGGCGCAAUGCAGAUGCUCCAAGUCUCUGCGAAGACGAUCAGCCUUUGGAAGCUGAACGACUGUCUGCCGAUAAAAGGCGUCAGACAGGUUUUGCGAACGUCUUUGGAAGCAAAUAAUUAUAACCUCGCGAGCAUCGCCAUGGAGGGUCUCCUCGAUACUACCAAAUGUCCUUUCAUUUAUAGCAUCAUCCCCACUGAAGCUAAUACUGGUGCGCGUGCGAAGCGAAGACGUAUAGAAGACGAGCAUGACAACAAGCUGCGAAACAAUGUGCGAGAAUACAGAGAGGAUUUCCUCGACGAUCGAAAAGAAGUAGCGCCAUCCAGUGCAGGGAAGGUGCACGAGUUUCGGAGGCUACAAGACAGAGACGAACGAAGCUUCUACUGCAAUCGUCCUCCGCCGGCCACGGACCCGAUCCCACUGAGCCUCCUGCACCCCGUUUUUGCCCAGUUUGCUGACGACUGCAGAUACUACGAGACGACAGACAAAGACCACCUGCUGGCGCAAGCGCUGUCCGCCGCGAUGUCUGAAUUCUACAACGACAAGGAGGCACGAAUGGGGAGGGUCCAAGACAUCUUUCACAAAGUCGACAUACUCCUCACCGGCGCCGAAAUAGCCGGGACGGAACCGCAGGCGCAGGAGCUGGCGCCGAAUCCUCUCCCGUGCAUCCUCAUCCUGAUAUACGGUGCUCUGCCGCUGCGGCCUCCAUCCCCCAGCACCAUCCUGCCGACGCCGCCCACAGGACCGCACAUGCACCUUGCUGGGGCCGCGUGGAACCGCCGUCCGGCCACGGAGCCGCUGUCGUGCGGGCUGAACAUGCAUGAUCAUAACAAGAACUACGAGAUGCGGGAACUGCUCGCGCGCCAUCUGGGGGCGCUGAAGAGCGCCGUGCGUGCCCUCGAGUCGUACUGCAGCAGCCACCGGCCAAUAAUUGCUUCUACUGCCUCCCGUCUCCUGGACGCGCCUGAGCGCGUCUUCCCGUAUCCGACGUCCUUCCAGCCCUUCGAUGACGGGCCUAUCGCUGGCGGCGGCCUCUCGGGCGAGGCGGCAUUCACGUACUCGCAUCAGCACAAUGGCGGGGAGGAUGGCAAGCUGGUAUUCUUCGCGGAAUGCGCAAGCCGCCGGGUAUGCAUCACGUUCACGAAGCGAUAUUGCAUGGAGGCGCACAGAGAAUGUGCGAGGAUGGGGUUUGCGCCGCGGCUGUGGGGCUUCAACGAUCUCCCCGAUAAUUGGAAGAUGGUGGUGAUGGAUGCGGUCGACGGCGACAGCUACAAGCUGGUCUUCGACCUUUGGCCUCGACCGGCGGAUCUGGGUGCGACGAUUCGGGAAAAGCUGAAGGAGUUCCAUGGUAGGGGCUUUGUACACAGAGAUAUUCGUGAUGCCAACCCCAUGGCGCGGACGAGCCCUGUGGCUGGUGAGAGCGCGUUUAUGUUGCUCGACUUUGACUGGGCGGGACGGGCGGGGGAGGCACGGUAUCCGAAGAAUUUGUACAAGGGGCGGAGCCUUUGGCGACCAUCAAGAGUUGGAGGCGGUGGGCUCAUCCUGGCCGACGAUGACCUGGAAAUGCUGGACUGUUUUUUCCGGCAAGGUCUACACGCUGUAGGCUCGUAA